AUGCAAUUACUUACAAAUUAUUUUCAAGCAACAAAUGAGGCGAUGAUGAAACGGGCGGAGGCGGAAUUAAAGGACUUUGUGAAGACAGAGCAGGCGUUUACAUUUGCAUUGGAGUUGCUCAAAAACGUCUCACAGCUCGACGAAAGGCUUGUGUGGUUUGUGACGUUUGUGUUUGAGAAGCGGAUACGACGGGAGUGGUUUGAAGAAGAUGUAUCACUAGUCAAGAGUCUAUUAGUGAGUGCAAUGAUAACAUUGGAUCAACUUAAAAAGGGGAAUUUACUGAGUCAAAUUGUUGAAAUCUAUUGUGGGACUAUAUUAGUGAAUUACGAAACUGUUUCUCCAGUCACUGAAGUUGUUACAUUGUUCAAAAACACACAAAACAGUCAUCUCUUCUUCACAUGUCUUUCAACCAUUUUUGACAUUUUUGAGAACAAAGUCACGAAGGUCAAAAUACGUUUGCGUAUUAAGGCUAACACGUUCAUCCAAUUUUCUAAUGAAGGGAAGAACAUAAUGAGGGUCAUUCUUAAUAAUUAUCACACGGACUUUACCGGUGCUUUAAAUUGCUUUGCCAAAGCAUUUACAACGUUUCAAUUUUAUGUCUUCAGAACAAUUGACUUCACUAAGAUGAUCCAACAAGCUUCUCUAAUGCCCGAGUUGAAUGAAGUGGUGAGUGACUGUUGCGACAAAAUGAUAUCAGCGCAUGGAACUGAUUUUCCGUUGUUCAAUUUGCUUAAGAUGUUAGAAGCAAUGAGACUGCAAAUUGCCAAUUCUGUCAAUAAUGACCAUUUCAACGUGAAUUUUAUCGUCCAGUUGAUGACUCUUGUGGUGAAUAGUGACCGCCAGAUGAACGACUUGAAUUUCAAAGCUUCAGUGAAUGAUGGUGUUACGAGUGUCUUGAAAUUUAAUGAACUCCACCACAGCGAUGUGAAAAUGAUGAGGGAGUUACAUCCCGUCUUUCCCAUACUUGCAAGGUACGUCUACACAAUUGGGGAGUUAGACAAGAUAGAGGUGAUGUGUGCGUGUAUCUUAGACUCUAUCUUCCACUUCAAAAAUGGUCGAAUGGAAGAGUUGGAUUUGACAGAGGAUCUGUUAAAUAAACAAACGGAGUAUGAACGACUCAUCGACCAGUCUAUGCUUUACAUUGGAGGGCUGAUCGAGUACAACGAGAACUGCAAAUCCAUAUGUGAGAACUACUCGAAGAAUGCAAUUGAACUGAUUUUAAAUAGGAAGACAAUAGGCAUUGGCGCCAUAUUAGAUUUCAGUACAGCAAAUUCGGUGUUUCUCAUGAGUCUUGCUGGGAAGAAUUUGAGUCCUGAAGGGUGUACUUCAUUUUUAAAGCAGGUGUUAGAGUACGGUGUUUGUGUGCAAAGUAUUCAAGAUGAUGAAUGUAAGACACUUGUUACUUCAUACGCAGUACUUGUAGAGAACUUAUGUGGGAUGCUACGCGCAAGUACCAUUGAGAUGAGGAGCUCAAUAGCCUCUAUUAUCUUUUCGAUGGGGUUCAAGUGUGUGAAUGUGUAUAUCAAAAAGGAGAUAUUGGAAUUGGGGUUUGACGUUGUUGCGAUGUGGAAGCCGGAGAGUCUGACAUACAAAGUGGUGAAUGAUAUAUUCAAACAAAUUCUUGGGGUUGUGGGACAAUUUCCUGCACAACUCCAAGCUGAGGUGUAUGGUAUGGUCUUGUCUUUUGUGUUAAUAGAAAACGGGAGAGAAAUAUCGCAGCAAGAGGUGGACUUUGGGAACCAAUUACUCAAUUUUCUGAUCCUGCAAAUCAAAGAAAAGUGCGAGAAGAAUGACGAGAAUGGAUGUAUAACGAGUAUUUUGUUUAUGAAAGACGUCAUUUCCAAAUGCGACAGUAUUCGAGUUGGUUCGAGUCUUCUAUUCAAUUGUGUUGAACUCUUACAUGUGACUUAUGUGAAAGACAACUUGAUGAAGAUGAGUAAAUACCUCAGGAAUGCGUAUUGCCAAUUGUUUAAUGAAACUAUUAAAACACUUGGGAAUAAUUUGGCGGAUGGACAAUUGAGUGGAGUGGUUGAUUCGUUCUUUGAGGUGUAUGGAGAACACUUUGAUGAUGUGAUAAAGAGUGGGGACAAGAUCGAGUGUGAGUCGUUGUGUGUGUACAUCGCCAUGUUUUCGAGGUUUGUGCAAUUUUCAGUGCGAAAAUAUGUGAAUAACUUUGAUGGGAUGCCCAUAGAGUUGUUACAAAUGAGUGAGAAGGCAUUCAUGUUUUGUAUGGACAAAUUGGGGAAGUUAUUGUCGUCUGAUUUGUAUACAACAGAAGUUGUUAUAGAGUCAUACACUAUCCUUUUUGACUUGACAGAAAUGUUUGCGGAGAAGGUUAUGACUGAUCAAGAGCUCGUGAUGUUUGGUGUCAACAUGAUAGUGAAAGGAAUUAAGAAUGAAGAUAUGAGUGUUGUUAGACUUGUUGUAGAGAGAGUGGAACAAUUAAACAUGAAAAAAAGGAUGUUCAAGUGGGACUAUAUUAGAAAGGCAUCGACACGAAUUGUGUUUACUGUAUUAACAACAAUGAUUGAAAAUCAUAACAACUUUGAGGAAUUGGCGAAAUUACUUUUUGAUUUUUCUAAAGAGCAGCCCAAUGCCAAAGCGAUUUUUGAAGAAGUUUUAUAUACAAUCAACACAGAAGAAGGUGUGCCUGAGAAAGAAAGAAACCGGAUUGUUUUACUUUUCCAGAACUUGACACCAAAGAGCUUUUUGAGAACAUUGAAGAAUUUUGUUAAUGAUGUUGCGAUCAAUAGAAGUUUGGUGAACUGUUAG